GGAGCGGGUGCGUGUCUGUACCAAAGCUUUGCCUUGUCAUUGUAUCCAGAGAGAAACGCGUGGUCAGCGGACACUACCGACAGCUCCACUGCAGCCUAACUGGUGGUGUGUGAAGUCAGACUUUAAUCCAGACAUGGACCUUGAAAAGAGUGCAGAGGUUUUGGAUUUGCCAGGGACUGAAGUGGAAAAGGCGGUUGUGUCAAAAGUGGAGCCGCCAGAGGAAUGCCCAGAGCCUGAGAAGCCACCAGCUGCUGAUGAAGAGGCCAAGCAGCUGGCAGUGACUGGUCAUGAUGCAGAAGUCCCAAACAUGAAGGAAACACAAGAGUUGAUUGUUACGCAGUCUGAGGGAACAAACAAAAUGGAGAUUGAAAAAUCUGACAUGGUGCCCGUUGCGGUGACGCCACCAGAUCUAGAUGAGUCAUCGGAAAAGACCUCUGGCCCAGUCGCAGCUUUAGACACGGAACCAGAAAACAAGAAGCCGGUGCCAGAGAACGACCCAGAACCGUCGUCUGUGCAAACGCCUCUGGCCGAGAGUGCCCCUGAACCAGAGCCAGAGAAAUUGGCAGAAUCGGUUCCACAAGCUGACCUACAAGAGCAAACAUUACCUAAACCAACAGCGCUGCAGCUGCCAGUAGACACACAACCAGCCAGCCAACAGGAGAACGGGUCAGUGCAAGUGGGAACUGUGACAGAGUUGCAGACUGCAAUGGAUACCGUGGCAGAAGAAGUUUCCAAAGAGGAGGUGGUGGGAAAAGAUGUCGCGGCUGAGCCGACAAUGGAGGUGAAAGAAGAAAAAGCAGCAGAGGUUUCCUCGGUGAAGCCAACAGAGGCUGUGACAUUAAAGGAGGAGGCAUCAGCUGAAAGCAUGGAACCUGCAAAGGGCGAGAAGGAAAUGUCUGAUACUCUAAAGGAAGCAGCAGUAGCAGAAGGCGUUAAAUCUGAGAAGAUUGGUGCCGAGGUUCAAAAGGAAGAGGACACCGUCCCCGCAUCUGGCUCCCUGUCCUUUGCCCUCCUGGACCGAGAGCAGACCAAAGACGCCCUGCGAGCAUCUCGUACCCUUGUUGUCCUCCGAGGCCUCCCGGGGAGCGGCAAAAGCUUCCUGGCGCGCGCCAUAGCUGAGGCCUAUGAUGGCCACUGCUCCGUCUUCUGUGCCGACGACCACGGCGUGAAGCCGGAGAAUCCCGAGUCGUCUGCGGAAGGAUACCGGGCUCUGGACGAGGCCGUGGUGGCCUUCUGCAGUGCAGGAACGGCCUCCUCUGUGCUGGUGGUGGUGGUGGACGACACCAACCACACCCAGGAUCGACUGGCCCGCCUGGGCGACAUCGCUGCUCAACAGCGCCUCGUUGCGGUCUUUUUGGAGCCGCGUACCGAAUGGAGCCGAGAUCCGGCGCAGCUGACCAAGAAGACCGGACGUGGACUGGAGGUGGCCCAGCUGGAAGCCAUGAGGGGUUCACUUGAGGAGAUGUCUCUUCCUCUCUACUUUGGCUGGUUUCUUCUCUCCUCCAUCCAGGACAAGGUGAGGUGCACAUCAAUGGACUUCCUGAAAACGCUGGACACCUUGGAGGCCUUCAAGAAGCACUUGAUUGACUUCACUGGGAAAGCUGAGAAGGAGGUGGAUUUGGAGCAAUACUUUCAAGCUAAAGGAACCCUCCACUGCACUGCAAAGUUCUGUGACUAUGGAAAGGCUGAGGGUGCCAAAGAGUAUGCACAGAAUCCAGCUGUUAAAGAUCUCUAUGGUGCUGCAUUCGAGCUGUCUCUGAGCGCCCUCUUCGUGACUCCUCGCACCGUUGGUGCCCGAGUGUCCCUCUCCGAGGAGCAGCUCCUGCUGUGGCCAGCUGAUGCCGAAAAGGCGGCGGGGUCCGCCCCCCUGCCUCUGGGAAGCCGCGCCCAUGUCACUCUCGGAUGCGCCGAGGGCGUCGAGCCGCUUCAAACGGGCCUGGAUCUGCUGGAAAUCCUGGCCCUGUCGAACGGGGAGCUCAUCGAGGAGAUGGAGCUCGGCUCGCUGACCUAUUACGGCGAAGGGAGGUGGCUGCUGGCUCUCAGGGAGCCCAUCUGCACCCCGGCCUGCUUCUCCAGCUUCUACGACCACAAGGAGGUCGAGCUGACCAAAAAAGAACCGGAGAAGAAAAAGAAGAACAAGUGCACCAUACUGUAAAUGGCAAACACGGGGAUGGUGUGUCUGGGAUGACUGGUGAAUUGAGACUUAGGCUUACUCUGUGCAAGGUUUGUGCAGCGUUUAGGGUUCAGUUACAGCCUCCCUAAAUCCACAAGCUGAGUGCCUUUUUUUUUUUUUUUUUUUGUUACUGUUGAUUUGCACCACAACCCAAGAUGCCUUCAAUCCAGUUAGGCUAGUUGACAACAUGUCUUGUUUCACACAUCGGUGCCAGAGUUGCAGUGCCUGGCUGUCUGCUGAGGCGUUAGCUGCAGGUUUAGAAGUUAGUGUAGACGGCUCCCGUUAUCUAACACUUAGAUUUCCUCCUCUACACAUGUUGUUGUCUGUCAGUAUUCAGAUGUGAGUAAUUAGGUACUUUCUUUGCAUGCAACAAAAAAAGAAAAAUUUAAAAAUAAUGCAUUUUAUCUGUCUCAUACAAUAAUGAUAUUUGAUUUGCAUAUUCAAUCAAGCAUAGUAACCAUUCUGCUCUGCUAAAAGUACCUCUUCUGCUUCAACAGAAUUGGUUUAGUGUUUCCUGUGGCUUAGUUGAAGAAAAAAAGUAAUUUUUGUCUGUGUGCGUGCACUGCCUAGGAAGUAGUUGUUGCAAUAGCAUAUGGGCCAAAGUUAUCUAUUUGAUUAAGUGUAUUAGAAUGAAUGUCAUUUAUAGAGGUCCUUCCUUGUAAGAUCUUUGCAUAGUUUGAAUGGGAGAAUGCUGAUGAAUUUUGCUUUUGUUUCAGCAGCUUGCACUUAAUACUUAUCAAAUGCUGUGAACCCAACUUCAUGUUUUGCAACUUUUUCUACUACUGCACCGUUGAUCCCUUUUUAUUCUCUUUGAACGGCACUUCAUGUGUUGCUUUUCAAUUUGUAUCCCCCUGUGACUGUCAUUUUUUGAAGGCCAAUUCCUACUCUUGUGUAGCUGUUAUGAAUCACUAUUUUUGCACUUGUUUUGUACACUUAAUAAAAAAGAACAUUGCUUUGCUCCAGUAA